GUGGAAGUAAAGCGAAGCUCCACCAGUACUUUCGUAUCGCUUCUAGUGGCACGUUGUGUAUCAGCUCAAAGUGUAGGACCUUGCCCAUAGACAACAAGCUCACUAACAUAACCUUAUCGUUACCUCACACACGAAGUGUUCGCUAACGCCAGUGUUUUAAGUGUGAAUUGUAUGUUUCCGAUCUUUUUAUUCCUAAAAUUAAUUUAUGUGAUUUAAGAGUGGCAUUUACAUUCUUCUUAAAUAAUCCAAAAUCGUAUGUGUUUGAAGAAAGUGUUACAUUUUGUGCGUCAAAAUAAUUUCUGAAUUUAUGUGAGGUUAGUGGUUAUUGUUGGUGGAAUUUUUUAUUUUAAUGUUGAAUAUGGUUUGAAAAUAUUAAAAUGAGUUUGAAUCGAUAUAUGGACGUGGAUGAUCAAAUGGAAGACGGAGAAAUAAAACGCUCUCCAGUUUUAUUUAAGCCUCCUUCAGUUGAAUCUCUCAGUUUAUCAGAGGAAGAUACUGUUGAUCCAUUGGAAAUCAAACCUCCUCAAAUACAUGUUCAUAAAAGGCCUAGGAAAAGUAAACAUUCCUCAUCUAAACAUGGUUCUUCAGAACAUAGGAAAAAACACCAUCAUUCCAGAUCACACAGAGAAGAUAGACAUCAUCAUCACAGGGAAAGAAGUGCACUUAAAGAUGAAGCUGCACGUGCUCGAGAAGAAGCUCUUAGAAGCAGGAGACAUGAAACUAGGAGAGAAGAAAGAAGGAUUGAGAUUGAACAACAAAGGAUUAUUGAAGAGCAAAAAGUUCGGGAUGAAAAGGAAAGAUUAAAAAGAGAAGAAGCAAUAAGGCGAAAUAGGGAAAUAGAAAGAGAUUUGAGAGAUAAACUUGAAAAACGAAGACAUUUGGUAGCUAACAAAGAGAAAGACAGUAAAGAAAAAGAAGAAAGAGAUCAAAGACGACAACGUCUGAUGGAAGCUGAAAGAGUGAAGGAAACCUAUAAAAAAAAUAUUGAGGAAAGGAGGCUGCGCCGAGAAGCCAAAGAAAGAAGUAGAAGCAGGGAAAGAAAACAACUUGCUGAGCAAGCAGAGGCUGCUGCACAACAGGCUGCUGCUCAAGCAGAAAUGGAACAGGCAGGAUUGGUAGUUCUUUCAGAUGAAUCACAGUCUCCUAUUCUUAUGGAAGCUACCGAAGAAAAAGAUGAUACUCCAAGAAGUAGGAAUGGUGCUCAUUCAACUGAUAAUUCCACUGGAGCUAGUGAAACAAGUUCUGAUACAGAUGAGGAAACGGAAGAUGAAGAUGAUGAUGAAGAAGAGGAUAAUGGUUCCAAUACUGAAGCUAAGGAUGCAACACCUCCACUUCCUACUCAAGAAGAUGAAGAAAUGGAGCUUGAAAAAGAUACAUUGCUGCCUCCUUAUUUACCAGCUAUUCAGGGCUGUCGCAGUGUUGAAGAAUUUCAAUGUUUGAACAGAAUUGAGGAAGGUACAUAUGGAGUAGUAUACAGGGCUAGAGAUAAAAGGACUGAAGAAAUAGUGGCAUUAAAGAGACUAAAAAUGGAAAAGGAAAAAGAAGGCUUUCCAAUUACUUCUUUAAGAGAAAUAAACACUCUCUUGAAGGCUCAACAUCCUAAUAUUGUUACUGUACGUGAAAUAGUUGUUGGUAGCAACAUGGAUAAAAUUUUUAUUGUUAUGGACUAUGUGGAACAUGAUUUAAAAUCACUGAUGGAAACAAUGAAGUCCAAGAAACAGGCCUUCAUACCUGGUGAAGUCAAAUGCCUUAUGCAGCAGUUACUUCGAGCUGUGGCCCACCUACAUGACAAUUGGAUUCUGCACAGAGAUUUGAAGACUUCGAACCUUCUCCUGUCUCACAAAGGUGUUUUAAAAGUUGGAGAUUUUGGUCUUGCAAGAGAAUAUGGCUCUCCUUUGAAACAUUACACUCCGAUAGUUGUUACAUUGUGGUAUCGAGCUCCAGAAUUGCUUCUUUGCACAAAGGAGUAUUCCACUGCGAUAGAUAUGUGGUCAGUUGGUUGUAUUUUUGCCGAGCUCAUGACAAUGGAGCCUUUAUUUACUGGAAAGUCGGAGCAAGAUCAACUGAACAGAAUAUUCAAAACUUUAGGAACACCAAAUGAAAGGAUUUGGCCAGGUUACUCAAAACUACCUGCUGUUCAAAGAAUGACAUUUACUGAAUUUCCAGUUUCUGUUCUGAGAAGUCGAUUCUCUGUUCCUCCAACAGAAUGUGGUUUCAGUUUAUUGAAUGGGUUUCUAACUUACAAUCCGGCCACAAGAUUGGCUGCUGAAGCAGCUUUAGGUCAUGAGUACUUCAAAGAAGUUCCUUUACCCAUAGACCCAGCAAUGUUUCCUACCUGGCCAGCAAAAUCUGAAGGGCAUAAGAUUAAGAAAGUUUGUAGCCCUAAACCACCAUCUGGAGGAAGAGAUUAUAAACAGUUGGAAGACACAGAUGAAGGGUUCCAUAUGGGAGUUGGGGACAGGAAUCAAGCUACAUCUGGUCCUGGUUUCAGCCUCAAAUUUUAAGAAGCAUUGUUUUAUUGUUGUUUGUACAUAUUUGCUUAGAUUUAUAAACUUAUUAGUGUUAUGUAUAAUAAAUUUUUGUAUUAUAAAAUUUUUUUUUAAAAA